AUGGGAUUUAAGAGGCCCCAGGGCGCUGUUGGGAUGUGAGACCGGCUCUCCCCGCUGACCAUGAGGCUCCCCGUGCUCCUGGCUGCCCUGGUGGCAGUGGCCACCUGCACCGAGACCUUCGUUGGGCACCAGGUGCUGCGCGUCGUCCCCCAGAGCGAUGAGGAGCUGCAGAAGGUGCAGGAGCUGCAGGAGCUGGAGCAUCUGCAGCUGGAUUUCUGGCUGGCUCCCCGCGGGCUCGGACUCCCCAUCGACAUCCGCGUGCCCUUCCCCAGCCUGCAGGCGGUCAAAGCCCACCUGGAGGCCGGAGGGGUCUCCUAUUCCAUCAUGAUCGAGGACAUGCAGGCCCUGCUGGAUGAAGAGCAGAUGGAGAUGCUCCGCAGCAGCCGCCAGCUGCCGCUCGACACCAACACCUUCAACUACGAGGCCUACCACACCAUAGAUGAGAUCUACAAUUUCAUGGACAUGCUGGUGGCCGAGAACCCCAACCUGGUGAGCAAGCUGGAGAUCGGCCGCUCGACCGAGAACCGUCCCCUCUACGUGCUCAAGUUCAGCACAGGGGGCACGAACCGCCCGGCCGUGUGGAUCGACACCGGGAUCCACUCCCGUGAGUGGGUGACACAGGCCAGCGGCGUCUGGUUUGCCAAGAAGAUCGUCCAGGAUCACGCGAAUAACGAAGGUGUGGCCUCCAUCCUGGAGACGAUGGACAUCUUCCUGGAGAUCAUCACCAACCCAGACGGCUUUGCCUUCACCCAGACCAAGAACCGCCUGUGGCGCAAGACCAGGUCCAAGCACUCGGGCUCCAUCUGCGUCGGAGUGGACCCCAACCGCAACUGGGACGCAGGAUUUGGAGAGGCCGGAGCCAGCGGAAACCCCUGCACGGAGACGUACCACGGACCCUACCCCAACUCGGAGCCCGAGGUGAAAUCCAUCGUGGACUUUGUGAAGAGCCACGGCAACAUCAAGGCUUUCAUCUCCAUCCACAGCUACUCCCAGCUCCUGCUCUACCCCUAUGGCUACACCACCACCCCGGUGCCGGACCAGCAGGAACUGCAUGAGGUUUCUGCCAAGGCCGUGGCAGCUCUGUCCUCCCUGUACGGCACCCAGUACAAGUACGGCAGCAUCAUCACCACCAUCUACAGAGCAAGUGGAGGAACCAUCGACUGGACCUACAACCAGGGCAUCAAAUACUCCUUCACCUUCGAGCUGCGGGACACGGGGCGCUACGGCUUCCUGCUGCCCGCCAAGCAGAUCGUGCCCACGGCCCAGGAGACGUGGCUGGCGCUGAAGGUCAUCAUGGAGCACGCCCGCGACAACGCGCACUGAGCUGCAGCAGCUGCACGGGGGGAAGGAGGCAGUCAGUAAAUAAAAAUCAGUAAAUAAAUAAAUGGGAUAGGAGGAGGAGGAGGAGGAAAGCCUCUGGUUGUUUUGUGGUUUUUUUCCAAAGCGGGUGGAAAAGGCGUUUUGGAGCUGGAGUUGGUGUAAGCACAAACUGGGUGUGCUGGGUUGGUGGCUUGGAAAAGGAAUGGGUUGAAAGGGCAUGAAAAUAGCAGGAAUAAAAAGAAAGGGAGGUGGUGGUUUUGCUCUGGCAGAGGAUGGAAAGGGAAUUGGGCUCUGGGACAUGAGGUGAGCAGGAUUUAUUGGGGCUCCAGGAGAGCUGCAGAGGGGCUGGGGACAAGGGACAGAGGGACAGGACACAGGGAAUGGCUCCCACUGCCAGAGGGCAGGGCUGGGUGGGAUCUUGGGCAGGAAUUCCUGCCUGGGCUGGAACUUCCAGAGCAGCUGUGGCUGCCCCUGCAUCCCUGGAAGUUUUCCAGGGCUUGGAGCAGCCUGGGACAGUGGAAGGUGUCCAGGAGCUGGAACUUGGUGGGCUCGAAGGUCCCUUCCCACCCAAAACUUCCUCACC